AUGGCUGGUCGUCCCAGCAAAAAACCUCGCCUAGUGCGACAUGUGCUUUCAGAUCCCACUGGCGCAUCUUCAUGCAACGUCCAACGCCACAGAAUAUAUGCUGUUGAUCCCACUGGGCAGAUCAAUCUACGGACAACAUAUCUUGAUGGGACACCAGCUGGCGCUACCCCAGAACUCGAGCUUGGCGUCAACACUGACCUCUUUGAGGAUCCUUGGAACGAGUCUCAGAACGACACUUCAUUCCUUGAUACAGAGCCUUACAACAUCACAGGUUCAAAAGAAAUACAACAGCGGACAGUUGGAAAGGAUGACCCCAUUCGUAUUUGGAUCUCUGAACGUCAAACUUAUCUUGAUGAAUUCAUCCGCUUGGAAGGACGUGGUGACACAUGUCACUCGUGCCAUAGCUGUGGCAAUUCGAAUGCAGUAUUUCGUUGCGAAGACUGCUUUUCUGUCGCAUUAUACUGCCAGUCAUGUGUUAUGAACCUCCACCAGAACAUGCCCCUGCAUCGGCUGAAGAAAUGGCAUGACGGGUAUUUCCAUCCAACGACCUUGAAGCAACUGGGGCUCCGCAUACAACUGGGUCACAGCGCUGGUCAGCGCUGCCGCAAACCAAAACCAGCCUUUGACGAUGAUUUUACCGUCAUUGAUGUUCACGGAAUCCAUGAAGUCGCUCUUGACUUCUGUAAUUGUGAGUAUGCAUCCUCACACUACAAACAGAUCCUGCGCGCUCGCUGGUUCCCAGCAACAUCCACAGACCCACGAACAGCUGCGACAUUUACUGUUCUCGAACACUUCCACUUGCUCUCGUUUGAGUCCAAGGUAUCUGCAUUCGAGUUUUACCACUGCGUUGCACGUCGGAGUGACAACACAGGCGUCAAGCCUAUCAAGGAUCGAUAUUCUGUCUUUUUGCGAAUGAUGGCGGAGUGGCGCAACCUCAAGGCACUAAAACGGGCAGGUCGUGGGCAUGACCCAGCUGGAGUUAGCGCUACCAAAGAAGGAGAAAUUGUGGUUCUGUGCCCCGCUUGCCCUCACCCUGGUAAAAAUGUGCCUGAGACAUUAGAGGACGUCUCACCUGGGAACCGAUGGAUCUACUCACUCUUUUUGGCUAUAGACGCCAACUUUCGUCUGAAACGCAGACUGGUAUCCAGCGAUGACAGGGACCCUGGAUUGAGCCAGGGGUGGGGUUACUUCGUCAAAGAAAGUAACUACAAGGCGUACCUUCGAGAAAAUGCAAGUCUAGCACAAGAGAAAAGUAAUUGUGUUAGCCAUAACGCGGUCAAUAUGGCGGACACGAAAUCUUCCAAGGGACUCGCAGCAACGGGUGUCGGCACUGUGGUUUGCGCUAGGCAUGACAUGCGGUUAGCAAAUGGUGUCGGGGAUCUUCAGAAAGGGGAAAAAUACUUGAAUAUGGAUUAUAUAGUCUUCUCCGCACUUUCACGCUUUUCAUCAAUCCCAUCUGUCAAUUUCUCCUACGAUAUCGCAUGUCAGUGGCACAAAAAGCUUUGGCAUCGUGUGUCGACUGCUCUUCCCUUACGGCUUCAUCCCAGUAGCACUCAACAAUACAGGUUUUUCGUUCCAAAAUUCCAUCUCGCAGCACACAUUGCCGCCUGUCAGACGACUUUUUCAUUCAAUUGGUCUCCUUACGUUGGACGGACUGAUGGAGAAGCGCCGGAGCGCGGUUGGGCUGACAUAAACCGUGUUGCUGCAAGCACAAAGGAGAUGGCACCUGGUACACGUCGAGAUGUCUUAGACGACCAUUUUGGGGACUGGAAUUGGAAAAAAGUGACAGGUCUUGGUCGAACACUACUACGUAAAAUAACAGAUGCUACACAUGCUGAACGGGACCAUCGCCAUGCCUUGGCGGACUUGGAGGGAUCCAUCAAAGAGUCAGAGUUGGGCGCUGUGUCACUCGUGGCAUGGACUGAAGAAGUCGUCGCUUGGGAGAGCGAUCAUACGAAACCCAACCCCUUCAACAGUCAAAGUCAAGAAAUGACCCAAGCCGCUGUUCGUUUAGCGCUCAUUCAACAAGACGCAAAAGAUUUGGAAGAAGGAUCGUCAAUUUCCCUCCAUUCAGAGGUGACGCCUAGUAUCCUCAUUAGCACAGGCUUGGACCUUGAGAAUGCGCAACGACGUUUACGGGUAGAUAAUGCAGGUCUCACCCAACAUUCAACCAACAAUCAGCAAACGAAGAUUCUGAUGCGCAGAAAUGCUCUCCAACGCCGCAUUGAUUCAUGGAUUGACAUACAGGUCCUGUACAUGCCCUCCGUCGCUCACUUCCAUGCCACUGGUCUCUCUCUGUCUGACGAGGGCACCGUUGAUGAAACCACCGGCUGUCCAAAAGCCAAACUCAACUCUAUCAAAGCCGAGGAUAUCCCACUAUUUCUUCCAUCUUCCAUCUGUAAUCUGACAACGUGCGACACAAAAUUGCUCGAGGUUGAGUGGUCGUUACGCUUGGCGCAGGCUAACGAUGCGCUCGAAGAAUGCCGCUCUCACAUCCGUCUCCGCCACCAGCUUCUACGCUUCAAGGCACAACAAAUUCGCGGACAAAGUCUUAACACUCGUGCCCAAAAGACCAUUCAAGCGGUUGAGGAUCGGCUCAUUCUUAGUCAUGAGAAGUAUUCUUGUGCUCGGCGAGCUCUCACUCAUCUGUCAAGGCAACUAGGCCAUGUAGGCUGGGAGCACAAAUUGCAGCCAUUGAGGAAGUCUGACCUUCGGCCAAUGGGGGACCUUGGAGGUCGCACUCAAGGCACAGCGAUCAUGUCAUGGAUUUGGCAUGUACACGGAAUUCCUUCGGACAACGGUGACAGGUUUCAGGAUUCGCUACACAUUGAGUGGUGCAAAACGAGGGCCAGACGCAACCGGUGGUUUGAAGAAAUCCAACUGCUCUUGGAGGAGAUGCGGCGCGUCUUGGAGUUUCUCGAUUGGCAGGCUAAGUGGUGGGAAGCACGGGUCACACUGCGUGUGGCUGAGCAGUCUGAGGACAACGAGGGCUUGGUGGCGUACGCAAAACGCCAGGCUGCCAUCCGUCGAUCCCUGUCUGCAAAAUUCAGGGCAUCGUGGCACCAUGUGACCGCUUUGAGGCUAAUGCACCGGCAGAAGAAGGUCCUUCUAUUGAUGCACCCCCGCAUGGAGAUCUCGAUGACUUAG